AUGACAGAUACGAAUGGCACGAGAGAACCAAGGAGAUUGGUUGGAAGAAGACGACAACGACCCGAAAACCCCAUUGAGACGGCCAACAAGGUCGAAGAUGAUGAGUUUCUGACACAAUAUAUGAAGCCAAGCCAAAGUUGGUCAGAAUGGAAACACCCACAAGAUGAAGCAACCUAUUCCAUGAGCCUCAUACGUCCUACCUGCAUGAGCAAUGGAGAUCUGGAGGCAUGUUAUAGUUUGGUAGAAGAAACAAGCGGCCAAGAUUAUCGCACUUCGUCUCUCGGUUGGCAUCCGGCCACUAAGAAGAAGGAGAUGCGGUCCCCGGACCUUCGUUACAUCCUUGUGAAAGACAGCAAGGACAACAUAAAAGGGUUUACAUCUUUUAUGCCGACGUUCGAGAACCAUGAGCCGGUCGUUUACUGCUAUGAGAUACAUCUGAAGCCAGAGUUACAAGGAACAGGUCUCGGCAAGAAGCUCAUGGGCUACUUCACGGACGUCGCGGAGAACAUACCUUCAGUUGAAAAGGCCAUGCUCACGUGUUUUGUCAGCAACAAAUCUGCCCUCAAGUUCUACGAGAAGCUAGGAUUCUCAAAAGACGAUUACUCACCGGGGGCGCGAAAACUGCGAGGAGAAAAGGUGGUGAUACCCGAUUAUGUGAUACUCAGUCGACAAACAACCUCUAAGAGAGUCGAGGCUUCGCGGGCGCACGAGCCUGGACUUCGAUGA